AAGGAAAAUGUUUCGCAGCAAAAUUAUUCAUUGAUAACGAGCUCAAAUUGAAUAAAAAUUUUAAAUUUAUUUUAAUUAGUGAAUAUAUUAUUUGUUUUAUAACGUUUUAAUUAAAUUAUGACAAUGAAGGAAAUACUACCAAACCUGCCGGAGGAAAAUAUCGAUAUGUUGGCGGCUACCAGCGUACUUCAACAGCAAGUCACUGAGAUCAGAACUCAGAAACCUAAUUGGCAAUCUUAUGCAAAGUCGCAGAUGAUAACGAAAGAUGAUUUCGAUUUCAUUACAUCGUACGAUAAUACAGAUGCUGCCGGAAGAGCUGGUAUUCUGAACGAGAAACGUCAACAGGCUGCUAAAACGUUUCUCAGUUUACUCGAGCAUGUUUCUAAAGAUCAAACAGUUCAAUACGUUUUGGUUUUGAUCGACGAUAUGUUACAAGAAGAUCGUUCGAGAGUUGAAAUAUUCCGCGAUUACGCCGUCAAGAAAAAAGAACCAGUAUGCGGACAAUUCAUUAACUUACUCAACGGUUCGGAUGGAUUUAUUAUCAACAUGUCGUCCCGAAUAAUCGCCAAGAUCGCGUGCUGGUCACCGGAAUCGAUAGACAGAACCGAUCUACAUUUCUAUCUGACUUGGUUGAAAGAUCAGCUCUUAUCCAAGAAUAACGAGUACAUGCAAUCGGUAGCUCGUUGUUUACAAAUGAUGCUGCGUAUCGACAAUUACAGGCUGGAGUUCAUCAACGUAGACGGAUUAUCUACUCUUUUGCAAGUGCUCGAAGGCAGAGUUAAUUUCCAAAUACAAUACCAGCUCAUAUUCUGUAUCUGGGUUCUCACAUUCAACCCUCGUUUGGCCGAACGAAUGAAUAAAUUCGGUGUUAUCCCGAUGUUGGCCGAUAUACUUAGUGAUUCAGUUAAAGAAAAAGUUACCAGAAUUAUCUUGGCUGUAUUUAGAAACUUGAUCGAAAAACCAGAAGACAGCAGCGUUGCCAAAGAGCACUGCAUAGCGAUGGUGCAAGUUAAAGUAUUGAAGCAGCUGAAUAUCCUCGAACAGCGUAAAUUCGACGACGAAGACAUCGUCGAAGAUGUGCAAUUCUUGAAAGAGAAACUCGAAGCUUCCGUUCAAGAUCUAAGCUCGUUCGAUGAAUACGCCACCGAAGUGAAAUCCGGUCGUUUAGAAUGGAGUCCGGUGCAUCGUUCGGCUCAAUUUUGGCGUGAAAACGCGAGCAGACUUAACGAAAAGAAUUACGAAUUGCUCCGGAUGCUGGUCCAUUUGUUGGAAACCAGUCAAGAUCCGGAAGUGCUCAGCGUUGCUAGUUACGAUAUUGGCGAAUACGUUCGUCAUUAUCCCAGAGGAAAACAUGUGAUCGAGCAACUAGGCGGCAAGCAACUGGUAAUGCAGCAUUUAUCGCACGAAGACCCGAACGUCCGUUACGAAGCACUCUUGGCUGUUCAAAAAUUAAUGGUACAUAAUUGGGAAUACUUAGGAAGACAGUUAGAAAAAGAGCAAAGCACCACGAGCACCACGAAACAGGCCGGAGCCAAAGCGUGAACCAUUAAUAACCGCUAGUUGAGUUACGUAGUUGAAAAAUCGUACACCGAUUCCAGAAUCAGUAAGAAAGAUUAAGAGAAAAAAAAAAUCAUGUAUCAUUAUUCGUUACCUUGUUAUUUCGUAAUUUAGCUUGAUUAUAUUGAAAUUUUUUUCGUCCUUUGUGAAUUCAUUCAUUCGUCGGUUCGUUUUUUUUUUGUUUUCUUCUUUGUGUAUUGCCAUGUAUUUGUUUCUCCUCCUCUCUGCUCGGCCUCAUCUUCUUCAAUCAUCCAUCGUGAUUUUCACCCAUAUAUUUCAUCGCUCCGGGCGCAAUUAUUGCCUGAAAAUUAACAAACCUAUCUUUAGAGAACUAGCGUUUAUUUGUUACUUGUAAUUUAUUAACGGAGGUAACUCAUUUUCAUCUUAUAAAUAUAUAUAUACGAGUAGAUAGGUACUUGAAGAGGAACGCGAAUACGAGCUCUACCAAAUUGUAUGAAUAAUUUUCUAACCUACGGUCACAACAUUCCACAGUAUUACAAGGUUGUAUUGUAAUGCAAAAAAUAUUAGGCUAUUAUCGCGAUGAAUUGGUUUGAAUUUUCGAGAUUUUUGAUUCCUAAAUGGAAAAAUAGGUAAUUAAUUAACGAGAAAUUUUAACGUGUUUAUUUUUACCAUCCCUCUCCUCCUUUUUUCUGUUUUUAGUUAUUUUAAUUACAUAUUUCAACUUUUUUUUUUAGAAAUUAUAUACUUUGUACCUUCGCGUACAUUAUUCAUGUUGUAAUUCGUGUAACGGUUUAGCAAUACUACACGUUUUUUUUUUUUCAAGUAGAUUUUAUCAUGUAAAUUAUUUAUAUUAUUAUGUUAUUAUAAAUGUACCUAUUUCGCCAAACGCGUUUGUGUAUUAUAUUCAUUUAUUAUUAAAUAAAUACAAGUUUUAUGUUAUUAA